AUGUCGUAUAAAAUACAAAACCAGAUACUCAAGUAUGAUUUCCAAAAAUGCAUUGGUAGAGGUAACUUUGGAGACGUUUACAGAGCAAUUGAUUUAACGCAAAGAAAUAAGGUUGCAAUCAAAGUAGUUUCCCUAGAUGAAUCCACUGAAGAAAUGAAACAGAUUAUCCAAGAAAUACACUUUUUGUCAAAAUUAAGAAAUCCUUUUGUAAUACAGUACAUUGAAAGUUUCCUAGAAGGAUACAAUAUGUUCAUAGUUAUGGAGUAUUGUGGGGGUGGGUCUUGUGCUGACUUAUUAAGGUUUCACAAAAAGUUGGAAGAAGAUGUUGUUAGUUACAUAAUCAAGGGUGUCCUCAGUGGCUUAAAAUAUUUACAUUCAGAACAUAAAGUUCAUCGUGAUAUAAAACUGGCAAACAUAUUACUAACUGAAAAAGGAGAUAUUAAAUUGGCAGAUUUUGGUGUUAGUGGAGAAAUUACAAUGACAAGAUUGAAAAAAAAUACUUUUGUUGGCACACCUUUCUGGAUGGCACCCGAAGUAAUCACUAGAUCAAGGACAACAGAAGAAAGCGGAUAUGAUGAGAAGGCUGAUAUCUGGUCAACCGGCAUUACCACCAUUGAAUUGGUCACUGGGUCUCCUCCAUUAUCAGAAUAUGAUCCUUUGAAAGUCUUGUUUGAAAUACCAAAAAAGAGACCUCCUCUCCUUUGUGGAGUAGAUUUCAGUGAAAAUAUCAAAGAUUUUGUCAAAUAUUGUUUGGUGAAGGAUCCCAAAAAGAGACCUAGUUCAGAUAUAUUAUCACAUCAUUAUUUCAUUACUCGCGGACAUGAUGUCCGCGAUAAAUUAGCAAAGUUAAUAAGAACAAAGAAUAUCCACUAUGAAAGCAAGUCAGGUAGGAAACCAAGGUUCAAAAUUGAACACCUAAUGAAAUCACCUAACAACACUUUUGCACCAAUAUUAUGGGAAUUUGGCACAGAACGAAAUCCAGAACCAAAACCGGGAAACCAAAAACUGGCAUCUGGCAAUGGUGAUCUGAAACAAGAAAAUGAUGAAGAAGAUCAUUCAAGUGAAACAGGAAACUUUUUCAAAGAUAAAGGAGGGGUCUUAUUAUAUUGUUUGGAAAGAGUGUAUUUUCGCGGAAGAAGUGAGUUCACAAGACGCACAGUUGAAAAUCUAACCAAGGACAUUACACGUUAUGAAGAACAACUACCUGGUUUAUGUCAUGCAAUUGUAGAAGAGCUAGAGCGCUUAUGCGGCUGA